UCGGAUCUCGCGGAUAUACUUACAUAUAUACAGUGCGUUGUGUGUCGCGUAUACACAACCUCGAUUAUAACUGCGGCUGCAUACGUCGCUGCAUGACUAUGUAUCCUAUAUGUAGUCGUAGAAAAUAGAUACAUAAUAUCGUUUACCAAGUGUGGUAUUAUACACGCGGCGCACUUUUGACGUAUAAUACAUAUACCGAAUUAUCGUGUGUUUGUGUGUAUACAAGUUGUUAAGGCCGUUAUGCGCGUAAGUAUAUUCGACGAUGCAACGCCGGAAAUAAAAUAGACGAAAAAAAAAACAGAAAAAAAAAGUGUGCGAUGUGCUCUCAGCCGACUACUACCUAUACAUAAAAUAUAUACCUAUCGCUACUUUUUAUUGCUAUAUACUUCUCGUCAACUGCUGUGUAUAUAUACACACUGUACCGCUACUGCUGCUGCUGCUGUGCCGUGUGUGUUGGUGCCGUGCUGCGUCGAGACAACUCCGAAUUUUUCGUGCUACGCUUUCGCGUGUGCAUAUAUUUAAUUAUUAAACGUGUGUCUCUCGAGUAAGAGAAGAGAUCUUCGUUCGAUAUUAAAAGUAAACCAAGUUCCGUUCAGUGAAGCAUAUAACGUUAACAGCUCCUAUAGAUGUAACAGUGUAUACAUAUAUGCGUGCGAGUUGUGUAUAAACGAAUUUGCGUACGUGUGCGCGUGUAUAUAUAUAUAUAUAUAUAUCGAGGCAGCCAGCAGCAGCCGCCUCUGUGACUGUGCCGUGUGUGCGUGCGUGUGUGUGUAUAACACAUCCGGAGGGAAGAACGCGAAAUGCCGACCGCCUCAAAGUUUCUCAUUUUGCGACAAUGGCCGUGAUACGACAAGCCAGAAUUCCAUCCUUGAUAAAACCAAGCAUAGAGGAGCUUCCAUCGUGUGCCAUUAAGCAAAGAACAGACUCAACUUCAGGAGGACAGCAAGCGAAGAAAAAAGCUUGUCGAGUCCUACCUUGCGCCAUGAAUUCCAGGGAAAUGGAUCAGACUGACCUCAGCGAUUCUGAGGAUUGCCAAAGUAGUACAGAUCCGCUAAGUCCUCUAUUUAAUCAUAAUACCAUUUGCCCAAUAAGAUAUGAGCUGCGCAACAUUCAGAGUGUCAUACACGUCACAAGACAGAACAUCGAUGCCCUGAACAGUCGAUUUGCCACCUUUCAAGAUCCACCGGCCAUCUACUUGACGGAGUACCAGGAGCUAACGUCCAAGCUCCACGAGCUGGAAGCCAAGGAGCAGCUGCUGAAUGAUCUGCUGACCAUAGCCGAGGCAGAGGCCAAUGCUGCCAAUACCGAGAUCUCGACGUCGGACUCGUUGUCGAGUAUGAGCAGCAGCGGGCCUAGGCAACAGUCCACUGGCCAGCCGAUCACUCAACAGCAGCAGCAGCAGCAACAGCAACAGCAACAGCCACAGCGCGGCAACAGUCCGAGGACGCCGCUCAAGUCGGUGCUGCGCUGCCAACUGCCGAACCAGCAGCGCACGAGCGUGCAGGUACGCGAGGGUCUGUCGCUCCGAGACGCACUAGCCAAGGCGAUGAAGCUGCGCAACCUCACGACCGAGAUGUGCGUCUGCUACAUCUACAUAACCAGCGAGGACAAGUACAAGAUACCCUGGGACACGGUGAUCACGUCGCUCGACUGCGACGAGAUCUCGGUGGAGAUACUCGACAAGUUCCCCAUCGCCACCAGCAUCUCGCACAACUUCGUGAGGAAGACGUUCUUCUCGCUUGCCUUCUGCGAGUGCUGCCACAAGCUGCUCUUUCAGGGCUUCUACUGUCGCACCUGCAACUAUCGCUUCCAUCAGCGCUGCGCCAACGGCGUGCCGGCCCUCUGCCAUCAGGUGCGCAUGCAGGACGCCUACUAUCAGACGCUGCUGGCGCACAAUCCCAACGCCGGCAUUCUCCAGCUGCCCGUCUACAACGAGACCUAUUCGAGUAUCGCGCCGACAUUGAGCAGCACGAGUUCGCGCGGACGACAUCCGCGCACGUUGAACCAGCAGGACCGAUCGAGCUCGGCGCCCAACGUCUGCUUCAAUCUGGUGAAGCCUCUGGGCCCCGUGGGCACGGACGCCGCCACCGCCCACCUGCAGUCGGAUUACACCCGAUCGCAGAGCCUAACCAGGUCGGCGGCCAGCAACGGAGCCAGCACGCCCCUCAACAGUCUGAGCAGCGGUGGUACAGGGUCUGGCUCUCACCAUCACCACCAUCAUCAUCACAGCGGCGGCAGCGGCGCGGGAACGACGAUGACGACAGGGUCGACGGUCGCGCAGUCGCCCCUGUCGCCGGCCAGCAGUCCGACCAAGCACAGCCAGUCGACCCAGGCGAGCCCGACGAACACGCUGCGACCGAAGCGGCCGCGGGCCCGCUCCGCGGACGAGAGCUCGAAGAAUCUCCUGGGCCCGCGCGAGUCCAUCGAGGACUGGGAGAUACCCGCGGACGAGAUCCUCGUGGGGCCGCGAAUCGGCUCGGGCUCCUUCGGUACGGUCUACAAGGCGCACUGGCACGGCCCCGUGGCCGUGAAGACGCUCAACGUCAAGAUACCCACCCAGGCGCAGCUGCAGGCCUUCAAGAACGAGGUGGCGGUGCUGCGCAAGACGCGCCACGUCAACAUACUCCUGUUCAUGGGCUGCGUGAGCAAGCCCCAACUGGCCAUCGUGACGCAGUGGUGCGAGGGCUCGUCCCUCUAUAAGCACUUGCACGUGUUCGAGUCCAAGUUCCAGCUGCUGACGCUCAUCGAGAUCGGCCGGCAGACGGCCCAGGGCAUGGACUAUCUGCACGCCAAGAACAUCAUUCAUCGCGACCUCAAGAGCAACAACAUCUUCCUGCACGACGAUCUCACGGUGAAGAUCGGCGACUUCGGCCUGGCCACGGCCAAGACGCGCUGGGCCGGCUCGCUGCAGUGCCAUCAGCCGUCCGGCUCGAUACUCUGGAUGGCGCCCGAGGUCAUCCGAAUGCAGGACGAGAAUCCCUACACCUUCCAGUCGGACGUGUACGCGUUCGGCGUCGUGCUGUACGAGCUGCUGGCCGGCCAGCUGCCCUACUCCAACAUCAACAACAAGGACCAGAUCCUGUUCAUGGUCGGCCGCGGCUAUCUGCGCCCGGACCUCAGCAAGCUGCGCUCGGAGACGCCCAAGGCGCUGCGCCGCCUCACCGAGGACUGCAUCAAGUACGCCCGCGAGGAGCGGCCGCUCUUUAGGCAGAUCCUGACGAAUCUCGAGAGCCUGCUGCGCGGCCUGCCCAAGAUCACGCGCUCGGCCUCGGAGCCGAAUCUCAAUCGUACCCAGCUGCAGAACGACGACUUUCUGUUCACGUGCGCCUCGCCCAAGACUCCGGUAAACUUUCAGUUCGGCGCGUUUCCCUUCUAUCCGAGCGGCGGGAACAUUUGAGUGCCAGCCAGGAGGCGCAGCGCCGUCGAAGAUCUGGCUCGCCUCAACGCCGAGAACGACAUGUGCGACAUGUUUCUGAAGCUGCUGUGCCGCGCGAGGUACGAUCGCUGCGGCAGGCAAGCUUAGGUACGCGAUUUAAUAAUUGACGAUGGAUUAUAAAUGGAUGGGACUGUGACGAGUGCGCGCCAUAUCGAUCCAGUUUUUUUUUUUUUUUUUUCAUGGCUGUACGCGCGAUCCGCGUUGACGAGGCUUGGCAGCGAAGAGAUGGAAAAUGAGCGACGUUAAAGUUGUACGCGCGUGGCGUACCUUGUCCAUAUUACUGUAUACAUUAUUAUACUUAAAACGUAUAUCGUGUAAAAACGAUCGUUGCGAUUCAACGAUUGCGCGUACAAUGUGAAAAUUCGAAUGCACGGCGUGUGAAUGAAAAAAACAAAUUGUUCAAUUUUCAUCAAGUGCUUGUGAUAUAUUAACAAAAUAUGUUUGAUCGAAUUUGGCUUCGAGUCUUUCAUGAACUACGACUGUUCAUUGUAAAUAUGUAUUGACUUGUAUGCUUCGUUGUCUGCCUGUGCACAUUUGUACACUCUUCCUCUUACUAUACUUACGAUAUGUAAAAAGAACACUGACUAUUAUUUGCGCAUUAUGUUCAGGGACAUUAUCAAGUGGAGAAUACAUUUUAAGAUAAAAUAUUCAUUGCUCCGUGCAAAAGUAAAGAAUAAAAACAUUACAAUCUUGAAAUGUGAUACGUAUUAUAUAGUAUUGUAUAUAAAUGAACUGAUCAAUGAUAUAUUGUAUUAUUUUUCUUAAUGUGUGCAAAGAAAAAGUGAACGGUCCUAGAAAGAUUUCAUUUUUCUACUAAAUGGUUACGAUUUUUUUUUAUUAUAAUUGUAAUUGUGCAGAAUACCGCUCCACGAAUAAAUUAAAUACGAUGAAGUCGUAAAAAUAAUUAAUGCUUCGAAACGAGAGCCAAUUUUUAAUUUGUUCCUCAAAAACUUAUACAUUCUGCGCAUUGCGUUUGACGUACGAAAAAUUUACAGUUAAUGUUUUGUAAAAAGUUAACAGUCAUUUUUGUCCUGGAAAUACGAACGAACUUGAGCAUUAACGACAACAUUAUCAUAUAUUUUUUUAAAUCGAUAGUAAAAAUUAUACUAUUAAACAUAUUUCUAACUUGAAAAAAAAAAAAAUGAAAAUAGUUAUGAUAAGAUGAAAAAAAAAGGAUGAGGAGUUUUCUCCAUUAACCGUUGCAUCAUAAACUAAUUAUAUGUCGUCACACAUCACAUAAAACUAAUGUAUCCUUGAAAAGGAUGUAAAUAUCGAUGAUUUAAAUUCAAAGAAACGUUUUUGAAUUAUAGAAUGCCAGUGGAUACAGAUAUUGAUUAUAGCAUUUAUAGAAAUCUUAGUGAGUGACCGAGCGAUCGGGAGAGAAAUUGCAAAAACAAAAGUAUGUCUUUGGCAGGUAUGAAUUUUGUAUUUUCACUAAAAGAUGAAGAACGUUAUUGCUAUCUAUAUAUAUUAAUUAUACAAUUUUUUUUAAAUAAAAUGAAAUAAA